AGUCCGGUCUCCGCCUCUUUGCAAACUGGUCCAUCCUUCUUGUUCGUAAAAAAACCAGAAGACGCAGAAGCCUAGCAUUUAAUGCACCAACUUCAUUUGCUUUUCAACUUUCUACUUUUCAAUCUCAUUAAACGUUUCCAUCUACUCCUCACUUACCUUUGCCAUGCCUCUCUUCCACUGCAGCUUCUUCUCACUGCCAAAUACUUGCUCCCACUUUGGUUGCUGAGAAACCCUCUGAAAAUGAAUAGAGAAUUGGGUUUUUUGACUAUCGAGCGUUUCUAUAUUAUCAUUUACUAAAUUCGGAAGAUCCCAAUUUUUUUUUCCUUGUUUUAUAGUUUCUCUUCUUUUCUUUGUACCCAAAUGGAGGAUUAGGGUUCCUUGCGGGAAUUCUGUGGAUCAGCUUCUUGCCAUAAGGUUUUGGAGGGUUAAAGGGAGAGUUGUGAUGGAAAAGAAGCUUUUCCCUCUGCAAUUUUUCCUCCUAGUUGCUUCUUUUGCUCUUUCCCUCGUGGCUUCUGACACUGUCUCUAAUGGAUCGACAGUUAACAAUACUUCCAAGAAUGAAGCAGCAUGCCCUUCUGGUUGGGUUAUUGGUCCAAAUAAAAGUAAGUGCUUUGGGUACAAUAAUAGCUUACAGUCAUGGGAUGAAUCAGAGAACCACUGUAAACAAUAUCAUGGACACUUAGCAGCCCUAACAUCACUUGAAGAACUAAGGUUUGCUCGAGAUAUGUGUGGCCAAAUUGCAAAUGGUUGCUGGGUUGGAGGAAGAGUUAGCAAUUCUAAUAUCAGUUUUGAUUGGAAGUGGUCUGAUAAUACAUCGCUCUGGAAUGAAUCAGUUCUUGUAUUAACUGCCCAACCUAAUUGCACCAAAUCGUCAUGCCAUGUCAACACUUCAGUUGAUUUGUGUGCAUUGGUGAAGAAUGGAUCAGUAUUUCUUGUGGGUGAGAGAUGUAAUGCAUCUCAUGCCUUUCUGUGCAUGGUUGAUAUAGAGGACAAAUGUUACUACAUGCAUUGCCAUAGGGAAUAUCUCAUUAUCCUAGCAGUUGUUAGUGGGUUGGUUCUCUGCACAACCUUUGCUGUUGCCAUUUGGCUGCUUGCAUAUAAGCGGAGUAAGAGGCGUAGAAGAUCUAGGAAACUAUCUAAUCCUGCCGCUUCUGCAUUAGUUCCCCCCUCAUGGAAAAUCUUCACGAGAGAUGAAUUGAGGUCAAUUACAAAAAGUUUCAGUGAAGGAAAUCGUCUUCUUGGUGAUGCAAAAACAGGUGGCACAUAUAGUGGCCUUCUACCUGAUGGAUCAAAAGUGGCAGUUAAGAGAUUGAAGAGAUCUAGUUUUCAGAGGAAAAAAGAGUUCUACUCUGAGAUUGGAAGGGUUGCUAGGCUUCAUCAUCCAAAUUUAGUUGCUGUGAAAGGGUGCUGCUAUGAUCAUGGCGACCGCUACAUUGUAUAUGAGUUUAUAGCAAAUGGACCCUUGGAUAGAUGGCUAUACCACAUACCAAGGGGAGGUAGGAGCUUGGAUUGGGCCAUGAGAAUCAAAAUUGCUACAACUCUUGCCCAAGGAAUUGCGUUCCUGCAUGACAAGGUUAAGCCACAUGUUGUGCAUCGGGAUAUACGUGCAAGCAAUGUGCUACUUGAUGAAGAGUUUGGAGCUCAUCUGAUGGGGGUUGGUCUUUCAAAGAUUGUUCCAUGGGAGGUAAUGCAUGAGAGGACUGUGAUGGCUGGUGGAACGUAUGGAUAUCUUGCUCCUGAGUUUGUAUAUCGGAAUGAGCUCACAACAAAGAGUGACGUCUAUAGCUUUGGAGUGCUGCUGCUUGAAAUAGUAAGUGGGCGUAGGCCUGCUCAGCAUGUUGAUUCAGUGGGUUGGCAGAGUAUAUUUGAAUGGGCAACGCCUUUAGUGCAGGCACAUCGCUACCCAGAGCUUUUGGAUCCUCUAAUAUUGUCAUCAACAUCUGAUGUUCCUGAAGCUGGUGAUAUUCAGAAGGUGGUGGACCUUGUGUAUGCUUGCACGCAAAAUGUACCUUCUAUGCGGCCUAGAAUGUCUCAUGUUGUUCAUCAAUUGCAACAGUUGGCCCAGCCAGCUGUCACGAAGUAAACUUUAAGUUUAUUUCCGCUUUGGGGCUUUUUGACUCUAAAUGCGGAAUGUGAAAUGAGCAA